UGCUAUAACUGCGGCAGAGGUGGCCACAUUGCGAAGGACUGCAAGGAGCCGAAGAGGGAGAGGGCGCAGUGCUGCUACAACUGUGGCAAGCCUGGCCACCUGGCUCGCGACUGUGACCACGCAGAUGAGCAGAAGUGCUACUCUUGUGGGGAGUUUGGACACAUCCAAAAAGACUGCACCAAAGUGAAAUGC